AUGGCUAAUUUUGAAGAAAAUGUGAUGGUUGCUUUGUAUUGGGGUGGUGAAAUAAUUUCUGACAUGAGCGGAUUUAGAUACAGCGAAGGUGCUGGAAUGAUUGUUAGCAUGUCUAUUUCAACUAGCUACAUUGAACUAGUUGCAAUGUUGCAUGAAAAAAUGAGGACAAACAGUGAAAAUAUUCAAAUGGAUAUUUCUGGAAAAUAUCCAUGCUCAUUUCAAGGAAACAUUACAAGGUUUAUUGAAUUUAAAAUAGAGAAUGACCAGUCUUUGCUACAAUUUCUCGUCAUUCCUAAAAAAUUUUCGAAUAAAAUUAUGUAUGUAAAGACUAGACCAACAAAUCAUGAUAAUCUAUUUCAAAUGAAUGGUCAGCAUGGUUAUCAUAUGAAUUUAUUAGCUCAAAAUUAUGGAUUUGCCAUGCUCAGUCAUCCUCAUUUUGCAUAUACUGCAACCCCUAGUAUCCAUCAAUCACUUGAUGCAAGCCCUAACGAACAUGAGUAUCAAUCAUAUGAUGAAGGAUUAAGUAGUCAAGGACACAUUGAAAGUGGCCACAGACAAUAUGACAUCAGGUGGGAGGAAGAUGAACCUUCAGAAGAUGAUGGAGAAAGUGAAAUUUUAGAAAGUGAAUCUGAUGAAGAUACCAAUGAUAGUGAAGAUUUAACUCAAAAUGAUAUUGGUGUAAAUCUUCAUAAUCAAUUUGGUCAAAGUGUGUCUGAAAUGCAAAAUCAUGAUAUACUCUACUUUACAACAUUAGAGAAUGAAGAAGAUAUUUUUAUCUCUACCCGUGAAUCUGAGAUGAAUUGUUGUUCUGUUUGGUCUGACGAUGGCAAAAAUGAUUCAAAAAAAGGAAUGUGUUUUAGCAGCAAAGAUAGAUUGAAACGGUCUAUGACAAUUUGGAGUUUGCGCAAAAAUAAAGAAUUCAUAGUUGUAACAUCAAGCAAGAAACUAUGGAUUGUCAGAUGCAAGUUUCACAAAUCAUUAGGUUGUCGAUGGUUUCUUCGAGGCCGAAAGGUUGGAGGUAGCCUUUGGAAGAUAGGAAAGUAUUUUGAUAAUCAUAGAUGUGAGACUGAAGGGCUUACUACAAUCCAAGCUAACCUAGAUACCAAUUUAAUUGCAUCUUUGUUUCUAAAUCAAAUACAUAAAAAUCCCAAAUUGUUGGUAGUACAUGUCAUUUCUAAGGUUCAUGAGAUAUUUGGUCAUCAAGUAACAUAUAGGAAAGCGUGGCUUGGACGUCAACAAGCAUUUAAAUUGGUGUAUGGUGAUUUUCAGAAAUCAUUUAGUGAGCUUCCUAAGUUUUUUGCAGCUUUUCAACACUUUAACCAUGGAACAAUUGUAGAAUGGAAACACGAAGAGUCAAUGAGUUCGUUAGAGGUAAAAACGUUUAAAUUUGUAUUUUGGGUUUUCAAGCCAUGCAUUGAUGGAUUCCUAACUUGUCGUCCAGUUAUUUCAGUAGAUGGAACCCAUUUGUAUGGUAAAUAUGAGAUAAAAUUAUUAAUUGUAGUUGGAAUUGAUAACAUUCUUCCUCUAGCAUUUGCUAUUGUUGACAGGGAAUCGGAAGAGGCAUGGAAAUGGUUUUUUAGAAAACUAAGCGCACAUGUAAUAAAGGAUAGAGAAGAUGUAUGUAUUAUCUCUGAUAGGGCAAAAGAAAUCUUAGCUAGUUUAUCGGAGUUGUGGGAAGAAAAUGAAGAAGCAUAUGAAUAUCUCAUGCAAUUUCCAUUGGACAAAUGGACGAUUAGCCAUGAUGAUGGAAAAAGAUGGGGAGUGUUGACAACAAAUCUUUCAGAGUCUUUCAACGGUCUUCUAAAGAAAGCUCGAGGAUUGUCUUUCACUGCCAUGGUGACACUUUCAUUGGAGCAAAUAGUUGAACGGACAUAUGAGGUUACUGAAAGAAUGGGAGGGCUAGCUAGAAAUUUUGUUAGCGAAUAUUUCACAACAGAGAAUUAUGUUGCUACAUAUUUUGGGUCAUUCUCACCGGUUGGGCACGAGGCAUAUUGGCCAUCUCCAAGUUUUAUAAUGAGAACUAAUGAAUUCUAUCAUCGUCCUAAUCGACAAAGGACAACUAGAGUACCUAAUGAGAUGGAUCGUGGUCCUGCAGUAUAUGGGCGAGCUUGCGGGUUGUGUAGAUAG